GAAUGGAUUCUCCAAAAACACUUCAGUUCCCAUUGGUCAGCCCCAGAUAAUCACAUGUUCAGGCCAUCUUUAUAAAGAAGCUGUCUAAGGUAGUUUCUCCAUUUUCUUUUGCUCCCUCUCACUGAGAGUUGCUGACUUUUCCCUGUGGCGUGUUGCUUAACAAGCCCUACAGAAUGUGUGACCUGUUUGUGGGAAUCUGGAAGUUUGUCUCCAGUGAAAAAUUUGAGGACUAUAUGAAAGAACUGGGUGUGGGUUUAGCCACCAGGACACUGGGCAGCCUGGCCAAACCCACCGUGACCAUCAGCAGGGAUGGUGAUGUGAUAACCAUCGAAACAAAGAGUACUUUCAAAAGUACUGAGGUCUCCUUCAAGUUGGGGGAGGAGUUUGAGGAAACCACAGCAGAUGACAGGAAAACCAAGAGCAUUGUCACCUUGGAAGAAGGCUCACUAACUCAGGUGCAGAAGUGGGAUGGUAAAGAGACCACAAUAAAGAGAAAACUAGCAGAUGGGAAGAUGAUUGUGGAAUACACCAUGAACAAUAUCACUUGCACUAGAGUCUAUGAGAGAGCAUGA